AUGAAAAGAACGAAUGAUGAAAUUCAAUGGUCCAAUGCUACAGAUGAUUCGACAUCUUCUAAACAGGGACAAUCACGUCGUAUUGUUUCUUAUAUCAUUUUAUUUCUUGUAUUAUUAUCAUGGUAUUGGGGCGCAGCAACCUUUGGAAAUAUAACUCACUUCGUUACGGCAUGUGCUGUUGGUCAUUGGUGGUUUACUGGUGAAGGUAGUCGACAAUAUACCAUUGGAGCGAGUAUUAAGCGAGCAUUUACUACUAAUUUUGGAACCAUCUGUCUCGGUUCUCUUCUUGAGGCUAUUAUCAAAGCUCUACGCGCUUGUAUAGGCAAAGAUCGUCGCAAGAAUAUUAUUGCUGCUAUUGCUGACUGUAUUCUUCAAAUACUUGAAAAACUUAUCGGUUAUCUCAAUGAAUGGGCAUUUAUUUAUGCAGCUCUUACCGGUCAAACAUUUGUUGAAGCUGGUCGAAGCUUUAUUGAGUUGUUUAAAAAGCGUGGCUGGACAGCCAUUAUCAACGAUGUGCUCGUUGGAACUACCAUGAUGAUUGUCAAUAUUGCUAUAGGCCUCACUUCUGCUCUAGCUGGCGGUCUCUUGAUCUACUUUUUUAUGUCGGAUUCACCAGAGAAAAUUAUAACGAUUAUUAUUGCAUCUAUCGUCAGCUUUAUUAUCAGUAUAUUGAUGAGUGCAGUUAUGGCAUCAAUUUUAAGUUCUUGUGUUCGCACAGUAUUCGUCUGCUUUGCUCUCAAUCCGGCAGCACUCGGUGCAACCCAUCCUGAUCAUUUACAAGCUUUAACCAAUGCUUGGCACAAAUUUUAUCCACAAGAAUUUGCCACUAGUGGCUAUGCUCAAUAUUUACCGAAGCCAACUAUGACAAAAGACCUCUGA